CGGGAAGGGCCGGGGCGGGCGGGCCCGGGGGCGGCUCCACACGGGCCUCACGGCCGGUUCCUGCUCGUUGUGUCGCAGAAUCGUUGCUUUUCUGUCACGAUAUGGACUGUGGCGUGAUCACCUCCAAGACUGUGUUGCUGCUGCUCAGCCUCUCGUUCUGGGCAGCAGCAGCCGGUCUCAGCUACGUUGGGGGCUACGUCAUUAACACCUACAAGAGCUACAACAACUUUCUGCAGGACAAGUAUGCCGUGUUGCCGGCCGUCAUCAUCCUUUGCGUCGCCGUCGUCAUGUUCGUCAUCGGGUUGAUCGGCUGUUGCGCCACGUUCCGGGAGUCGCGCGUCGGCCUGGGGCUGUUCUUGGCCAUUAUCCUGGUUAUCUUUAUUGCAGAAAUAUCCGCUUUUGUCCUGGGAUUUGUUUAUAGGGAAAAGGUAAAAAGUGAUGUGCAAGGCACCAUGCGCUCAGUCUUCAACAAGUAUGAUGGGAAAAAUCCGGAGUCUACUGUUGUGGAUUACUUGCAAGAACAGCUUCAUUGUUGUGGUGUAAAGAACUACAGUGACUGGACAACCACGACCUGGUUUAAUGUCACCCGUAACAACAGUGUCCCUCUGAGCUGCUGCAGGCAAGACGUGAAGAACUGCACAGGGAGUCUGGAUCAGCCCCAGGACCUCGAAACGCGGGGCUGUGCAGCGGAGGUGGAGUUGGGGCUGCAGAGCGUUAUCAGCUACGCUAUGCUUGUCAUCCUGGGCUUUGCCAUUGUCAAGUUCUUCGCCAUGCUGAGCGUCUGCGUGCUGACCUGCAAGAGAGAAGACACUGGGUAUCAGCCGCUUUACUCGGGCGUAUUCGCCUAAUAAAACACAAACAUCACACUUUUUGCUUCCUGAUAAUAUAGACUCGUAAAGAUGAACGCUAGAGGACAAUUUAUGACCUUCUUGCUAAGUAUUUUAUGUACGUGAAACGGAAAGAAUGUGUAUUGACUUGGGAAAGUUCCUUGCGUGUGGCCCUCAAAACACGCAGAAGAAAAACCUUUUGAAUUCAAUAGAUAUUCAAUAUGUUCAAAUAUUGUUUGUAAGCGUGGGGAGUUAGAAGAUGUUUUCUCUAUAGCUGAUGGUUUGAUUUUGCGUUCUCCUUCUGGUCAUAUGUUGUAAUUUAGUUUACCACAGAGGUGGUCAGCGCAGGACAACCUGGUUUAAAGUCUAGAAAUGUGUAUUUGAGUUGUUUUUUAAAGCACUUAGCAAAUGUGAACAACGCCAGGCUAGGAGGGGAUGUAUGUGUUGAGCAUUUGGGCUCGGGACACCUCUCUUGGUAUUAUUUUUUAAAAAUUAUUAUUAUUUGACAUUAAAAAUGGCUUUUGAUUUCUUUUCCUUUUAUUGAUGCUUUCAUAGUUCGUCUAGUCAACAGGCUAUAUCUCUUCAUUUAACAUACAAAUUGCAAAGGUUAUUGAGAAGAUGCGAAUCACAGGACAUGUUGGUUCAUGUGGUUGUGUAGACUCGAUGCCGCCAUCCCUGCCCCUUUCACCACUUUUCACCCCUAAAAAUACAAAGACGACGCAUUUUUGUACCGAGGAAUUGCAAUAAUUUGCUGUCUGGCGGAGUCACGCGACUCCUUAUUUGCUCUUUUAAUUUCUCCUUGAAGUUCUGCUCGAAGUCACUUCUUGGAUGGCCUUCUUGGUCCUUUUUUAACACAUUUGUGUGUCAAUCUGUUUCUCAGUUCUUUAGGGGUUUUGGGGUUGUUUUUAAGGUUGGGGAAGGAGGGAACUACGAGCUAUUCCCUGUUAGGGAAUUGUGGACAAGCAGCAGAGUUUUGCUUAUAUUUUUAUUUGGAGAGAUAAGCAGUUAAUCCUUAGCAAUAAAUACUCAUAUUUGUAGUUAAUUAGGAAUAAAACAAAGGAGUUUAGGUUAAGAUAAGCUGUUUAUUUAUACUUUCCUCCCCAGAGUAAAAAGCAAUGGGUGAUUAUUAUGUUCUAUAUGAGUAUGUAUAUGUUGAAAAGCGACUUAAUUUUUAUAGAGGGCUUUGUCUUUUACUGAAUGUCGAAAUAAACUGAAUUUAUAUGGAUAACUAAUAAAAGCUGUGGGGUGUUUUGUGCGGGGAGGAGCCAUGCAGGGCAGUCCCCCCCAGAGUAAGACGCCAUGGGUGAUGAUGAUGUUCUAUAGAUGCACCAUUAUAAGUAUGUAUAUGUUGAAAAGCGACUUAAUUUUUAUCGAGGGCUUUGUCUUUUAUUGAAUGCUGUAAUAAACUGAAUUUCUAUGGGUAAUUAA